UCAACACAUCUAAAAUAUAAAAAUAAGAAUAAGAAGAUGAGCUCACUCUGCAUAUGUUACGGUGGACGAGGACUGAACUCUCGCGAUGACUGACUCAGACGAGAUCACAGCACGGAAAAAUGACGUCCUGUCAACAACACUAACAAAGUGCAAAAGGCAUGCCCCAAAGUCCUGCUGAGUAGCCAUUCAGCCACCAGUGCCCGCAUCCCGUUGUCCCCAUGACAACCCCUCCACUGGCCCCGUUCCCUGGGCAACAGGCUCAGGCAGCACGGGAUGUGAACACAGCCUCACUAUGUCGAAUCGGACAGGAGACGGUGCAGGACAUCGUCUUACGAACCAUGGAGAUCUUGCAGUUGCUUAGAAACAUGCAACUGCCGAAUGGAGUGACUUAUCAUCCUAAUACUCAUCAGGACCGUUUGGGGAAACUGCAAGAGCACUUGCGGACGCUCUCUGUCCUUUUCCGCAAGCUCCGUCUUGUUUAUGACAAAUGCAAUGAGAACUGUGCUGGUCUAGACCCCAUACCACCUGAGCAACUUAUCCCAUAUGUAGAGGAUGACAGCUCUAAACUAGACGACCGUAUGGCCAAUCAAAUGCGUGCAGCAAGCGAAGAGAGGAGAGAAGUACUGGAAAUUAAUAAGAAACUUAAACAGAAGAAUCAACAGCUGAAGAUGAUUAUGGACCAGCUCAGAAAUCUCAUCUGGGAGAUAAACUCCAUGCUGGCGGUCAGGAGCUGAAACGCACACAAUUAUAGAAGUGAUACACACUGUCACACAUAUAUAAGAUACACACUGUCACACUGAGGAUGCAGGAAAGAGUGGCGAGGCAAAAAAUUGAGAGAAGGUAGAAAGCGAAAAGACUGAACUUAAGAAAUUCUGCUAUGCUCAUAAUGCACGCUUGAAAAGCCAUUCAGUUCUGCUGCCUUGGAUUCAAUUUUCAACAUGAUGAACAUUAGGAGGUCUGAGCAGUCUGCUCAUUCACUCUGAUACUUUUUAAAAUGAACCUUUUACUCAAGUAUAUUCUUGAUAUUUUUAUGUGCGAUUCCUAUUUACUUCUAAAGGGAUAGUUCACCCAAAAUGAAAAUCCUGUCAUAAUUUACUCACCCUCAUGUCUUUUGAAACCCAUGUGAUUUUCUUUCUUCCAUGGAACACAUAAAUGCUAUUUACAGCAGAAUGUCCAAGCUGCUCUUUUCUAUACAAUGAAAGUGAAUGCUGACCAUGGCUAAUUUUCAGUAAGUAAAGACAUUUCAGUCUGUUCCUCACCUAAAGCUAUCAUAUGACUUCAGAAGACAUGAAAAAUAGUGUAUUAUAUAUUUUGUAUCCUUUUUGGAGCCUUACAAUCAAAAUUGUCAUUUUCGAGAGAACUAUCCCUUUAAGUUAUAUAUUUUACAGUAUUAUUAUUAUAGAAAAAUAUAUAUACUCUAAAGUUAUUGAUAUUGCAGAUUAGUGUGGUGUUAAUACAGUAUAAAGCUUUUAUCAGUGCUUGA